AUGAAGCACGUUCAACAAUGGGCAAUUAUCAUGAUUGCUUUCUCCAGUUAUUGUAUGCAUUUGACUGGUUCUCAACCUGCGCCUGGUGUGUGUUAUAUACAUGGUGAUCGUCAUUUGAUUCCGUUUGCUAAACGACCCGGUGAAGAUAGUGCACAAUAUCGAUGUGAAUACAAUGGUGAUCAAACAAUUCUUUCAAAUCGAUAUGUGCAAGGAACAAUUAGUGUCAGAACCAGCCCAUCAUGGAAUGAGGAUCGUUCAUUCAGUUCACUCGAUAUUUAUUAUCGAUAUUCAUCAACACGAGAUCUUCGAAUUGUAAUCAAUACUUAUGACAUCGCUGCCGGUGGAUCUGCUUAUGAUAUUCAAAUCAUGCAAUUAAAUUCAUUGAUCCGUCGUUCAUCUGGCUUAUGUACAACAUAUAAUGAUACGUGUUCUUUAGAGAACAGUGUACACGGUAGUAAAAGACGAACUUUUACUGCAACUCCAGCUGCAUACGUGUGUGGUGGGUUUUUAAAUGAAGUAUACAAUAAAAGCAAAGAGUUUAACAUUCCAAUUUCACAAAUAUCUGCCAGCCAUGCUAAAGCUGCUUGUAUCAAAGACUUAAGAAUACAUAAUAAUAUUGCAUUUGCUAAAAGUACAAUUGCAUUUCUUCUUUAUGAUAGUCUCUAUCGAAAGACAAAAAACAAUGUUUUAUAUGGAAAACAAUCUUAUGAAAUCUUUCAAGCUAUUCAACAAGCAACUGAUAAUGCAUAUCAAGAAGCAAUGAUUAUUCUUCCAAAUCCUACAACAGAUCUUUCAUAA